AUGUCAAACUUUUCUUCAUCAAUAACACAAGUAGAAAAGAAUAUUGUUAAAACAACUAAAAUGAAUAAACCAUCUGCAAUUAUUCCUGCAACUGAUAAACAUACAGCUAGUUUAAUCUUUUUACAUGGCCUUGGUGAUGUUGGAGAAAGUUGGCUUGAAGUAUUUGAUAUGUAUAAUAUUCCAAAAACUGUUCGACAUGUAAAAUUUAUAUUUCCAACAGCUCCAAUACGAAAGAUAACAUUAAAUUCUGGAAUGUCAAUGACUGGUUGGUUUGAUGCAUAUGGUCUUGAUCGAAGUUCAAAAGAAGAUCAACAAGGAAUAUCUGAAGCAUCGAAAUAUCUCAAUGAUUUAAUUGAAAAUGAAAUUAAUAAUGGAAUUCCAUCCGAACGUGUUAUGAUUGGUGGUUUUUCACAAGGUGGUGCUGCUGCUCUUCAUACAGCAUUAACUACAUCUCAUUUAUUAGCUGGUGUUUUAGCUCUAUCAUCAUGGCUUCCAUUAUCUUCUACUUUUCCUAAAGCACUUGUAGCCGGUGAUAAAAAACAAAAUCUACCUAUUCUUCAGUGUCAUGGUAUACAAGAUCCAAUCGUUCAUAUACAAUGGGGUCGAUUAACUGGAACAGUUUUCAAAGAAAUGGGCUUUAAAAAAUAUAUUUUUAAAGAAUAUAAUGGAAUGGUUCAUUCAUCAAGUGAUGAAGAAAUCAAAGAUGUUAUUGCUUUCAUCAAACAAUAUUUACCAAAAAUAGAAUCUAAAAUUUAG